AUGGCCUGGCAGUCGCCUUCGGCCAUGAACGGCGGCGGUGCCAAUGGAGGGGGUGACGGCAAUGCGCCCGCGGGGACAGAGUACACAUUGCAGGGUGUUAUGCGAUUUCUACAGCUGGAAUGGCACAACCACGAACGAGCACGCAAUGCAUGGGACAUCGAGCGCGCCGAAAUGAAGGCCAAGAUCGCGAAGCAGGAGGGCGAGGUGCGGAGCGCGAAGAAGCUGAAUGACCAGCUAAACAAGCAUAUUCGGAUGCUGGAGCAGGCACUUACCAACGAGAGAAAGAAGAAGAGCGAGGCAGCAGGAGGCGACUCUGAGGCCGGAGCAGAUGACAAGAAGGACCUCAAGGGCAAGAAGGAUGGCGUAAAUUCCACCAAGCCCCAAAACAAGAAGCACAACUCCUUCCUCGACGUUGACUCGGAGUUCUUUGACCGCGCAGAAGCCGACCGCGAGAACCUCAGAGAGAAAUCCAAGCUCUACCUUACCAAAUGCGUCGAAGAAAUCACAUAUCUCCUUACUCCGCCCCCGCAAGCCUCGCAACAACAACAGAACCUACAGCCGCUUGCUAAUGGCAACGGCUACCUGAACCACGGCGAGGCCUCGAUGGAAGAUAUCUACCUACAACAACACCGCCAGAGGCUGCAGUCACAACUCCCCACCAUGCCAGGCACAACCAUGCCUACUCACCAGCCCCCAAACGUGCCAGUCCCUUCUGAACUUCAAAGCUUAGCCAACCAGCACCAAAUCCACCACGCGCCACAGAUGACACGGGAACCUUCACAGCAACAACCCCUUGCGCACAACGCUAGUAUGGCUCAGGAACUUCUCGGACAGCAACGUCAGCCCCAGAAUCAGCAGCAUUAUUCGUCGGUACCCGAAGAGCAGGUCGAAAAGGUGACACAUGCGUUCGAUAGCGAAGGACGCCAAAUACCAAUUGCUGAGGAAAACGCUUCGGAUCCCAGCCAGGCUGCCAGCCAGGAGAAAGAGACGGAUGAUUGGAUUUUCGACCCCGCAUCGGAGACAGCUCAGGAGGGCCCACCCAGACGGCCAGACACCGAAGAAUUUCCAUCGGCGAAUAGCAUCCCAGCAAAAUCGCCACCGCGCCCUGUAAAGAGGGCCAGCAAAGACCACGUCAGACGACUGAGUAAUGAUCAGAAAGCUCAACAAGCAGUAGCCCAGCAAGCAGCGAAGACUGACCCGCAAAGUUUCAAAGUCCGCUUUGCACUUCGCGGCCAUCUCGAUGUGGUACGGUCAGUCAUUUUCACUGGCGGCGGCAGCCCCAGUGAGCCAGAGAUUUGCACAGCGGGAGACGACGGCAUGAUCAAAAGAUGGAUGAUACCCGCAAGUUAUGCAAACCAGCACAGCAUGAGCAAUGAUCUAGACAUUCAGCCAUUCUGGUCACAUCGGGGUCAUGAAGGUACCGUUACAUCUUUAGCAGCCUGCCCUGCUUCUGCUCAUUUUGCCACCGGAGGAAGGGUAUCCGGCGACGGCUGGAUAUUUUCGGGUGGUCAGGAUGCCACGAUCCGCGUAUGGGAACGAGGCCGAGUUGAUCCAAAGGCCACCCUUGAAGGGCACACCGAUGCCGUCUGGACUGUAUGCGUUCUCCCUACCACCUGUGCUAAUCUGUUCGGCUCCGAUAGCAGCAAGUAUGGAGGACCAGACCGUGUCAUACUCGCUUCCGGAUCUGCAGACGGUACCAUCAAGAUCUGGGCUGUAAGUGCGCCGCCUCAACUGGUCUCACCGCAGACAAACUCUCGUCGUGGUGUUGGAGGCAGCCGGAGACACUCGGUCACAUCUGGAUCGAACCACCCAUCUUCACCGCAGCCCAGCAUCGCUACCACGACACCAUUCCAUUACAUGUUAAUACAUACCAUCGAGCGUGACACGCACCCUUCGCCUACGUGCAUCAGCCCGCUUUCCCCUACUGGAGAGAACUUUGUUGUCUCUUUCUCUGACGCAUCAAUCUUGGUGUAUGACACGAGGACCGGCGAGGAGCUGAUUGGUAUGGCCAGUAACGAAUCUUACGAUGGAACCCCAGCGACUGGUAUCACAUCAGUUGUGACAAGCUCGCAGUAUCUCGAGAGUGCGUCACAGGAGGCUGGCCGAGGCGGUCCAGACGACGAAGGCAUACAUGGCCCGACUGGCUCUGCUAAUGGCGGGCUGGAGGGUGUUAUAAUCAGUGGGCACGAAGACCAUCUCAUCAGGUUCUUCGAUGCCAACUCUGGACAAUGUACAUAUAGCAUGCUUGCACACCCUGCAGCUAUUUCUUCGUUAUCGCUCAGUAAGGACGGCCGAGAAGCCGUAUCUGCUGGACAUGACGCUUCUAUCCGAUUCUGGUCACUUGACAAACGCAUAUGCACGCAAGAAAUCACCGCACACCGCAUCAUGCGCGGUGAAGGUGUGUGCAGCGUUGUCUGGAGCCAGGAUGGUCGUCUCGUCGUCUCAGCAGGCGGCGACGGCAUAGUCAAGCUAGUCGCUCUACCGCAGAGCAUACAAUCUGCAAAAGACCUGUACGACCUGCGCGCCAAGUACAAAGAUGCCUCGGUCCUUAUUACCGCCAUAUACUCCGAGUCUAUGGUCAUCGCAGCGUCCCUGUCCCAAGUCCAAAAUCUCCUGCAACAUGACGCAUUACGAGAGAAACCCCAAUUACUCGAGACGUUCGAUCGCGCGCUCACGGGAUGUCGAGUCGUGUACGGAUGUCUUGAGGAGGAAGUAAGAGAGCUGCGAAUAAAAGCGGAGAACGACGAACUGAAGUUCAAGGACCGAGCGAGGUUUCUUUGGAAGGAAGACACGUUCAAAGAGCUGCUCACGCAGAUCCGCGGCCAGCAAUCUGCGCUCAGUCUCCUUAUACAAGGAUUGCAAAUGGAGUCGAUUGUGGACAUCAAGAAGCUGGUUGAAGACAACAGCACUACACUCGAUCAGGUUGUAAAACGGUCAAGGACUCUGCGCCAGUCGCACCCUCGUUUAAAGGUACCGGAGUCGCUGUUCAGUCAACAAAGCCUAGGCGGUAAAGAUGUCGACACAGAUUCUAUCGCGAAAGCUGCCGAGUUCACUUUCGAUGACGAGGUCGUCAACUCGAAGGCUUAUCGUAGGGCUAUGGCAAUGGCGCUGUCUUCAAACAACGGAGCGAUUGCACAAGAGAGCUCAGAUACUGAUGUUCUAGAAGACUAUUCGACCGCUCUUGGAAGCAUGUCCCAGGGCAACGACAAAGAUAGGAGCGUUGAUCCUAUAGACCUUCCCCCACUAUCGUCAGAGGAAGGGAAGACUACGACUAGUGUCCCAGAGCCUGAAGCUGAAGCAGAACCAGAGAUAUCAUCUCAAGUCGCCACAAAAGAUGACCACGCAGAUUUGUUUGAUACUCUCGAGCGCGACAUACUUUCCUUCAUGCCUCAAACCUCAUCUGCAGCGCUUUGUUUGACUCCGAAUCAUACGGGUUCUGAAAACCCUUCUGCACUACCGAGUCGAAUUGAUCCUCUGACUCCAAGCCAUACGGGUUCUGAGAAUGCCUCUGCAUUGCCGGUUCGUUCUACCGACUCCUUAACGCCGGCGCCAUUGCGAUCGUUCAGUGGAGACAAACCAAUAAACGACUCAGAAGCACCGCCUCCAUUACCUCCUCGUCGUCCGAGCGGGCAGCCUGUCGCAACGCCCAAAAUGCGUUCAGUAUCUUCUGAUGAUAGUAUAUUUUCCUCUGAUGCGCCAUCCAUCCUAUCAAAAGUGUCAACCGCAUCGACUUACACGGUGUAUGAAACUCCGCAGUUGAGCCCCAAUUCAACAGGGCAAUCGUCACGGAAGCCGCUGCCACUUGGGCACAGAUCCUCUUACAAUGCUUUAGGUAAUGUCGAGUUUGAUGUGAAUGAACCAAAAGCACAGGGGACAUCAUUACUCCUGCAUAACAUCGAAAUGAACAGCAUCUGGAGAUCACUCGUGGACGCAGAGAGAAAGUUUGUCGACCGCAUGGUGAGACUCAAACGGAUGUUCUACGACAAUAUCAUAAGGCAAUGGCCAAUCAUCGAAAAACACCUGAAUGCCAUUCUUGUUGGCGAACAACUUGCCACACUACAUCAACAAUGUCUGUUGCACACCAUGGAUCAAGAACUUGCUGGCAAUGGUAGUGCUCUCUGCAAUCCGUACAUCUUCGAAGUCUGGGUUGACAAAAGUCAACGAUUAUAUCGAGAGUAUUGCCGUAAGAUGCCGCAUGCUUCCUCCUCACUCCGUACAACUCAAAACAUGGACCCGAAGUUCUCACCAUAUGUCAAUACGCUCGGUCUCAGUAUCUCUUAUUUUGGCAAGAGCUGGCAGGACUAUCUGGAGCUUCCCAUUAUACAGUUGCAGACUUAUGUCGAUAGCUUGGAAAGUCUCAUCAACAUCGCUGAAACGCUCCGCGAUCCGGCGGCGAAUAGUGAGGUCAUGCGCUUAAGACGCGCUCUGCAGGCCGUCACUUGGCUCAAGACGUUGACGCUGGCUUUGUUAGAGGAAGCGCAAGGCCGUGAAGACGUGCAGAACUUGGAGAAACGUAUUCGGACAGACACCAGUACGCUUUCACAACUAUACCUACACGACCCCAGCAGGCGCGUCGUGCAUCAAGGCGGCAUGGCGAUGAAGUUCAAGGGUCAGGGACCUUGGAUUCCAGUACAUGCCAUGCUUCUAGAUAACUACUUCUUCUGGGGAAGAGUUAAGAAGAGCAAGGGAGAUGAAGUGCUGGUAACAGACCCACCUAUUGCAAUUGCCGACAUGGGAUUCUUCCUUCCAGGAGACGCACACCAGUUCCAGAAAGCUACUAUGCUUGACCAAAUAGCAAGGGGCUCAGUCGUAUAUACUGUCACACUUACAAACAAUGCUCGAGACGGCAAGCCAGAUUUGUUAGGUCUGUACGACAUCCAAGACAGGAAAACCUGGACAGAUCAUUUCACAACAGCUCGGACCAAGUUUUACAGCAGGGCGGAUUUGAUCAAGUCUGCUGUACACUUGCCUGCUCAUGAUCAAACCUUCACCACGCUGUAUACAUCGACCGCGAUCAUGUCAGGUCUACUUGGGGAGGAGCUUGUUCAAGCCGGACAUGUGCCUAUCCCUGACGGACUCUCUGUUGACAACGUUGUUGGAAUUAUUACGGUCUAUGACCAUAGAGCUUACCAUGCGAAUCGCAGCACGGCUUACAGAAAAUCGCGCAUCAGGACUCAGCUGGCCGAUGGCGAGUGGUCAUUAGAUGGCUGCCAUGUUUUCCUUGUUGCCAUUCAGGGACGACAUUGCUACACGAUGGGUCGUGCCGACAACAAGAGCGCAUCGCCAUCGACGCUCGAUGUGUAUUUCCCUGGUAGUAGGGUCGGGAUUCAUCAAUUCAACCUCGCACCGGUAUGGAAGAGCGAUAGCUGGCGUUUGCAGUCCGCUACUGAGACCAUCGCGGAGGUAAAUGGUGCGCCUAUCCAACUCAGCACCCCCCGUACACGAAAACUGUCGAGCCAGUUACCACAGGCCAUCCAUCUGCGACAAAACCUAGUCAACCACGUUUUGAUCAACGGUCUACGUGUCGAGAUCUUCAUGCUGAAGACUGUACGCGGUCUUUAUCCGAUCCAAGAUUAUCAACUUUUAGAGUUACGCCCUGAACUACAAGAAGUCGUCCAUCGCUCCGAGACCUGGGCACGGGAUCGAUAUCUGCAGCGUUCUGACCAAAUUUCCACCAACACAUAUCGGGUUCUUGAGCGCUUUACCGGCAAUAUCGAAACAGCCAAAUUCUUCCACCAUAACGACAACGGCCAAGAUCUUCGCGACGUUGAGUUUCUGAAAUUGGCAAAGGACAAGGUGGAUGCAUCUCUCGUUCGCUACCUGCAGUCAGUUGAGAUCAAUCAUAUUCCGGCAGUGAUCACCGAAACACAUGAGGGAUUUGAGCCAUAUGCUGCUCUAGAGAAGGACAUCAAGGAACAACAUCCGCGCCUUCGCUUCAGAAUCGCCUCGAAGCUCCUGCGACGGCUCAUGUCUGCUCUCACCUUCUUGCAUUUCCACAAGAUUUUGCAUGGGAAUGUUACCAAAGAGAGUGCCUUGCUUCGUCUGGUGGACUUCAAACCUGAAACUGUGCUCCUAGUCGACUACUCGAAGUCAACGUCAUUCCCCAGCGGCGCGCCUGAGCCUUUCAAGAGGAUGACCGAAGACGGCCGCGCUGUAAUGGAGAUCGUCGAAAGCUGCUGCGAUAUUUGGCAACUGCGCAAGGCAGCUACCAAGGAUGCCUACAGUGAAGACUUUAUGAUGAACAAGACUGAGGCUGCGAGUAGAGAGUUCGAGCUCAUGGAGCGUGUAGUCGCAGACUUCUUUGGGCCUGAAGGCAAGUCGCGCGAGUCGAAGGAAGGCAAGAAGAUGCUCCGCUUGUUAAGCAUGAAACAACAUGGUUGGCAUAAGGCUCGGAAUGACCAAAUCCACAACGCGACUCGUCGCGAGGUCGGACCAUGCCGCUCAGAUAUGAUCAAGGAGAUGGAGCUUGACUGGGUGCUUAUGCAUCCGUCUUCAAAGAUAGGCGAAGAGCAGCAUAUGCUGUUGACUCUUGGACACCCAUACCUGGAUGGCUUGGCAUCGAUCGUCUACCACAAUCGAUGGGAAUUAACGCCCCGAGAGGUAUGCGCAAAAAUACGAGAGCUCGCUGGCGACGUGGAAGAGCCUUGGCAGAGCUUUUCAGUCAAGCGAACAGUGUCGUUUAUGCAGAACGGUACUGGCUUCGAAGAACGUGGCAUCUUGAAUUGGAUAGCAGGUUGUUGUGAGGCCUACCCAAAGUGGCAUUAUGCUUUUGUUCAAGAGUAUGAGCGCCAGAUCUCGCCCCAGCAUGGGAUAAUCAAGUUCGCUGAGAUCAAGAGGCUCUGGGAUGCUCUUGUAAAAUAUGGAACUAAGCCCGAUUUCAUGCAGGCCACAUUCGCGGGAUUGACAACCGGAAACAUCAUGAACCAGCCGACAACACACUUUGAGGAGACCCAUCAGGUGUGGUAUCACAAGCCUUCGCGAAUGUUCAACCUGACGCAUUUACAUCGAUUGGCAGCUCCGGACCUACUUCUCGCCUGCAUCAAUGAGGGAACCAUAGGAUGUAACAACUUUGUCGAAGUACGCGGAGAGUCAGAAAUAGAGGGUCUAUAUGCUACUCUCUCUUUGCUAGCCGCCUUCAGUUCCUCACUUGAAUUGACAGUGGAUAUUCCAGAUCAUACGCCGCAGUUCCCGCUGUAUGAUCCAGCAGAUUUCAGUCAGGUUUUGCAUCACGUCGUCCUUGUUCACACCGGUCUUCUUCCCUGGGCAUCAGUCACACGCCAGGGUGGCCAAUACAACUUCCAUGCACCGCUAGCUCCCAAAGCACCAGAGACUGCUGGGAAGUUUCUACCGACUUACUUUGGCAGCAUGAAGGUGCUGCCCAAAGCUCUGGGUGGUAGAGAAGAGUACUCGCGCCCCGAUCACUGGUCAAAGUUUACGACUGCAACAGAGAUCGACGAGGCGGCGGAUUUGGUCAAACGAACGAUCCUACCGGCAAAGGGCCCAUUGAAAAAGACAGUAUCGCAACCAGGGAGAUCGGAUCAAACUUGUUCGCCGCACGUUUACCACUCCACUCUAGUACAGACGCUGAAACAUCGCAAGCAAGCUUUUGCUGAGGCCCAAUCACCAGCGAAACGUAAUGAUGGCGACCAAUCGUCACUUGCGGUGAUGCCGGCUGCGAAGCGUCUGCAUGUCCUUUCUGCCGUGGGUAACUUGACUCCAGGUAGCGUACCAUCAGCCCGAGCGCCACAGUUGUCGGCCUCCUUCGUAGACCGUCAACUAGACCAUAUGAUGGCCAACAUGGAACGCCAGUCGCAGUCCCCAUCACCUGGACCGUUCCUUGACAUUCCAAGGGCACCGGAUGAGUCUUUUUUCCAGCGAGACAAUGGAGUAAACACCAACACCCUGGUUAGCCCGCCCACGGCCGAGGCGGCUACAAAAGAUUCAUUCACAAUCGCAUCUGAUGGCGGUUCCGACCUGGAAGACGACUACAAGCAAGCAGAAGCUUGGCUCAACGCGAUGGGAGAUGAGGAGGAACCACAAGUUGCUGGCAUCUUUGGCGUCAAUUUCCAUCACAGUCUUCGACAGCAGGGAGAUGGAUCAGAUACCGACGCAGAUGAGUCGGAGGAAGACCGGGAUGACGAGAUGCCGAUUGUUCAUGAGAAGGUGGAGCAGGCAGACGAUCAUUCUCUAUCCGAUAUGCCAACACCAAGCAUGAAGGAGAGCAGCUCUUUCACACUCGACCCACGGGCAACGACAAGAACUGCUGGGUUCGAACAGCAGGCGACAUCGAAGUCGUUCCCUAUUCGGUCAAGCCUUCAGCUGGCGACACCUAUGGUGAGCAGUCCUCGCUUCGCACCACCUUUCUCGGCGCGCUCUUUCGGUUCCUUUGGUGAUGUUGGGGGUCAUCGCCGGAGCGGUAUCUCUCUAUCAGAUCUUGCUAGGGUCAGUAUUCGUAAUGCGCCCACGGUUUCGAGCCCUCUCCCACUGGCAACAGCGGCAACUCUACCUCGCACGGUUACCUCACAAGCUGCGCCUUGCUUCUCUAGCCCUGCUUGGAUGCUGAGGAUGCAGAGUGACGACGACGACUUGCCUGACACGGACCAAGGAGAGCAGUUUAGCGAUGACUCUGACUAG